AUUCUACAAAUAUUUAUUAAGCACCUAUUGUAUAUCCAGAUGCUGAGAGUAGAGCAGUCCACAAAAUAGACCAAAAAAAGAAAAAUCAAAACUGAAAACAAAAAACCUGCCCUUCUGGGAACUUAUCAUUUUUGGAGCACAGGGUGGAGGGAAGUCCUGAGCUUUAUGCUGGUGCUCACCAUUAAGAAAGUGAAACUGACUAUUUCUGUUGCUUUAUCCACACAGGAUUUAUAGAGCAUGAGAUUUAUGUUAAUGGAAAUCUUAAGGAUUCUACACUGUCCAGUAGUAACUAGGGGUAAUGUUUGACACUCAAGAUUUCUUUUUAAAAUUCCCUUUGUUCUUUUAUCUGUGCUCUUUAGAAACAGUCUUGAGAAGAUUCUCAGUAUGAGUAUUGCACCUUGAUCCCCUCUUCCCGUCUUUCUCUUUAUAGUGUUUAUAUAUCCUCAUAGCAAGCUAAUUAUUGAGAUUUUUGGUGAGCACUGUUCAAUAGAACUUUCUGCUGUGAUGGAAAUGUUCCAUACGUGAGCUAUCCUAGCCAGUGACCACACAUAUGAUAUCUGAACACUUGAUAGUGCAGGUAUAGAUAAUGAAUUACUGUUAUUCUGAGCAGUAAAACUAGGAAUUCUGAAUGGGCUUUCGAAAGUAUACAGCAAAAGUACUUUAGUGCAUCUUAGCUCUGGGCUAGGUGCUGGAGACUGAUGCGGAAAGCAGACAUCAGAAUAACUUGGUUGAUGUAGCCUGUGUGCAAAGAUCGUACACUGUUAAGUCAGUUUAUAGUUAGCUGUCUAUCUGUCUGUUUAUAUACAUAUACUUUAAAGUACAGUCAGUUAUUUGGAUCCUUUAUUUCUCAUCUCAUCAUCAGGAGAGCCAACCACUGUUGUCUUUUAGAUAUCACUGUUAGCAGAAUAAGAGAGAAGAGCUGUAAGCUAUUCAGCAGUGUUACCUUGAUCCAUGCAUGUAGUUAUCCCAAGCCGAAUUCCUCAUCUUCCUUGUGGGUUUAGCAAAACUUCAUACAGGGUCUGCAGAAAGGUGAUAAAUUUGGUUUUUCUACAUUGAGUGGGCUCACCUGUCCUUAAUUUUGUUAUACAGGGAAGCAACAAUAUGGUUUUGUGUUUUCAAAACAUAGACUCUAAGAUUUAGUUUCAAAUUUUAGCUCUUUUCUUACAUUAAACAUGUUGCUUAUUCUCAUUAUGCUUCAGUUUCUUCAUUUGAAAAAUCAUAUAAUAAUUGUUGUACCUACCUCAUAAACUUGGUGGAAGAAUCAACUAAGAAAAUACAUGUGAAAGUCCUAAACACAACGCUUAGGAAAUAAUAAGUUAGCUAUAGUUAAUCUUGUUGAAUUUUUCUUUCUCUUCCAUCAUUCACAGUUUCUUUUCAUUCUUCACUCAGCACUGAGCUGAGGGAAUCACCAUUGCACCCCUUCUCUAAGGAAAUGCCAGCCAGUCCAACAGUGGCAGCUCUUUGGGUGAAUGAAGCUUAGUUAUCUCACCAGCAGGAACUUUCUCAAAUUUAGGCCCUUGAGUAAAGGGAUGAGGAAAACUGGUAGUUUGUAGCUGAUUGGUUGAUCCUCUAAAGGGGGGGAAAGGAGACCAUAAAAGAAAACAGGAGAAGGUUUAGACCAGACUUGUUUGAGUUUUGAGCGUUGAGGGAAAUGCUACAAUACUAAGUGGCAAUCAACAGGACUGAUUAUAGUCCCUCUUUGGGGGAGAGAGCAGGCCUCAGCUAAUCGUGUGGUUGUGUGGUCCUGAUGCAAGGGAUCUGAUCUGUUGAUGCUAGUCCUGUAGAUGCAAGAGUGGGUCUUUACCUUUCUUCUGUAUAGAGUGGGAAGGUUCUUGGUCCCUGGAUGUGCAGUAUCUUAUUUGGAUCCUGGUAGCAGGCCCAAAUGCUAAGUGUCUUCCCCAAAGUAGAGAUUUCCUGUUGCCAGUUCCACUGGCAGCUAAAAAGGCAGUUGGCAAGUUCCUAUAGUUUCAAAGGCAUAUAGACACUAAAGAGAGUUAAGAGUGUGACUCGGAGAUGUGGAUGUGAGACUCAUUUGUGGGUAGGUGUAUUUGUGUAUGUAGAUGUAAGAGCACCCCUAAGAGAGUACAUAAAUAAGAAAGAGGAACACUUCCUCAUACAGUGUGUUUGUGUGAGCUAGAUUUCAACCCUAGUAGGAUCGUCAAAUUUGUACUUGUAACCUCCCAGAUCGACAAUUUGGAAAGUGUAAGCCAGUAACUUUAAAAAUGCAAUUAUGUGACUUUUCUUUUGUUAUUUAGGUGACUGCUUAGAAAACUGCACAGCCCACAAACAGCUGAUGAAAUUAGCGAACAAGCAAAUCAACUAUGUCUUACACUCCAGGAAUUGGUGGUGACCCUGCCCAGCUGGCCCAGCUUAUCUCUUCCAACAUCCAGAAGAUCACACAAUGUUCUGCAGAAAUACAGAGGACUCUGAAUCAACUUGGAACACCUCAAGAUUCACCUGAAUUGAGGCAGCAGCUGCAACAGAAGCAGCAAUAUACGAACCAACUUGCCAAAGAAACAGAUAAGUACAUUAAAGAGUUUGGAUCUCUGCCCACCACACCCAGUGACCAGCGUCAAAGGAAAAUACAGAAGGAUCGCUUAGUGGCGGAAUUCACCACAUCACUGACAAACUUUCAGAAGGCGCAGAGACAGGCUGCUGAGAGAGAGAAAGAGUUUGUCGCUCGAGUAAGAGCCAGUUCCAGAGUGUCGGGUGGUUUUCCUGAGGAGAGCUCAAAAGAAAGGAAUCUUGUGUCCUGGGAAAGCCAAACUCAGCCUCAGGUGCAGGUGCAGGAUGAAGAAAUUACAGAGGAUGACCUCCGCCUUAUUCAGGAGAGAGAGUCUUCUAUUAGGCAACUCGAAGCUGAUAUUAUGGAUAUUAAUGAAAUAUUUAAAGAUUUGGGAAUGAUGAUUCAUGAGCAAGGAGAUGUAAUAGAUAGCAUAGAAGCCAAUGUGGAAAAUGCUGAGGUGCACGUCCAGCAAGCAAACCAGCAGCUGUCAAGGGCGGCAGACUAUCAGCGCAAAUCCAGGAAAACCCUGUGCAUCAUCAUUUUUAUCCUUGUUAUCGGAGUUGUAAUUAUCGGUCUCAUCAUAUGGGGAGUGAAAGGCUAAGAUUAUAAAGGAGCACAAUAUUGCACUACAUUAUGUAAAUUAUGUAGGAAGAUUCCUUUAAUCAUGGUAGGUUUUUUUAAUUGUUAUUUUAAAGCUGUUGCUUAAAGGAUGGUUCCCAUACUUUUGUUAUUUUUAUUUGGGGGGAAAUUUUCUUUGGAUUAAAUCUGAUAUUUUCUAAUACUGAAAGUUUUUUUAAAUAUCACUGCUGGCAUAGCUUCAUGCUUUUCGACCUAGUAACUGUUAGUUUUUUGCCCACAUUGUAUAUGCCUUUCGUUUAUAAUUUAUUUAUCCUGUUGACUUAGUUUUUGGAAUUAGUAAAUUCAAAGGUGUGUGUGUGUUCUGUGUGCACCUCUCUGUCACAGUGUAACAUGCACCCACGUUUGUGUUACUUCAAUUACAAAUCUUAAAUUUAAUUUUGAUUUGGGCCAGCAGAGGAAGUAUUGUCAAUAACUUUAAAAAUUCACAUAUAUGUUUGUGUUUGGAGUUUUGUUUUUAUCUAGUUCACAGCAACACAAAUUGUCUAUUUAACUUUUACUGUUAUUUUUCUCUUAAGACCCUUGUUUAUUCUGAAUGAAAUCAGUGAAUAACUUCCUAGUAUAUCUCUUACUCCUGAUGUGUAUAUAGUAAGCAUUUGCUGUAGAUUGGCUAGUAAAAUACUAAGGAUAGACUGUUUUUAUAUGGGUUCUGUUUAAGUCUUACGUUCGUUUGCAGGGGAUUGUGUGGUCACUAUAAAUGUUUAAUGUGAUUUGGAGGAAGAGUAUGACAGAUCAAUACCUAUUGUGUUAGAAUUCUAAAGAUCCCAACUUGUAUUCGGCUGUGUAUUUCCACAGCUGUUAUGAUGGAAAAUUAAUUACCUUCUCUUAUGUCCUGUAGAAUAAUAAAGAUUACUUUUGGGAAGUAACUUUCCCACAGUUACUCUUUUUGAGCACCUAACACUUAAAAUUCUGUUUCCCUUCAUACCAUUUUGUACCAUCCUUCAUUAGAAAGGGAAUUGGAUGUUCGCCACUUAACUCACUUGCCUUUUUUAAUCAAUGUUGUUUUAAUGCACUAAUCUGAAUACUGUAAAGAAGAUUAUCUUAGUUUAUAGUUUGUAUUUUAUAAUGUUCUUAUAUAGCAGUUUGAUAGUGAAGGCAAUGUUUUACCUGGCAAGCUAUGAGACUUCAAAUGGGAACAAAUAAAAUAUUAAGUAACUAAGUAAAUUGUAUCUUUGCAACCAAAAUAAAGAUGAUUUUAAAAAGUG